CCUAACCUAGAAUAAUUUGUUUAUUUUAAUCAAAGUUCGGCAAACAAUUGUAUUUUGCUGAUUUUCUCUAUUGAACGUAAAAGUUUGCUAUGGUAACUAAAUCACGUAUUGAACUGAUAAUUGAUAGCAUCAAUUCAAAAAAUGCUAAAAGGGUUGCAUUUUUCUUGGUCCUCAUAUUUGCUGCCUAUCAUGCAAUUCUUCAUUUGAGAUACGGUUCGAAUUCUUGUAAGUGGUUGUUGUCGGAUGGAAGAUAUAAGGGUGACCAAGAAUGGCAGCCUUACGGUUGUAUGCUUCACUUAUACACUAAAAUAGAUACAAGGAGAUGUUUACGUUACCUUGCUUUCUAUGAGAAGAAAAGUUAUUUUGCAUUUGUUGGAGAUUCUAGAAUGCAAGAAGUUUAUGAAGCAUUUGUGCAACAUAUACAAGUCAGCGAUGGCUCAAACACUGAAACUCCAGAAGCCUUCCAUAAGUCAUUCAUUCAUACUGAAGAUAAACUCAAGCUCAAAGUAGAGUUUUUCCGGUAUCCGGAUGUUUCAGUUGAUAUGGUUAAACUUUUUAGAUCUUGGCAGAAAGACAAAAAUGCUCCCUCUGUUAUUGUGUCUGGCACAGCUUUACCAGCAAUCAAGAGAUCAAACGGAUCCCUCAAUAUGUUGAAUGAAUAUAGUGCAAAUAUUACUAAGCUUUAUGAACCCAUCAAUGAAUUGCGUAAAAAAAAUAUUAAAGUGCUGUGGGCCUUACAAGUACCAGUGGAUGAGGAAAAACUUAGACAUGAUGAAAGGAUGAUAACAAAUUCCUUAAUUGAUCAAUAUAACGAAGCAGCAAUCGAGGUUUUAACACACUCUUCUGUGGAUUUGUGGUGGAGCACAAAAUUAGUUGGAGAAGGCAUGCUAUCUGAAAGUCCAGAUGGUAUACACUUAUCCAAGAAACCUUUGAGACAUAAUGUUCAAAUACUUCUGAAUAUGUACUGCAAUGAUUAUAUGAAUUUUGACGAUGGCACUUGCUGUAGCUCGACUGAAUCUUACACUACCGUCCAGAAAAUAACAUUCUUAUUUCUUGGUAUCUGUUUUUUGAUUACCAUCAUUUUGCAUUUCCUCAAGACAUUCAUGAAAUGGAGGAGAAAAUUCACUCAUGAAUAUACUCUACUUACCGAAGAACCUCAAACAACAGAGGCAGUAUCCAAUGUUGAGACUUGCUAUACGCUGUUCAGUUCAAUAGCUCGUAUUUCUAUAAUAAUGGUGUAUUUUUUCAUUUGUGAUAGGACCAACUUUUUCAUGAAGGAGAAUAAAUACUACUCAGAGUUCAGUUUUUGGCUUCCGAUUGGCUAUAUCACUGUUCUUGGCUUAUUUUUCACAGAAAAUAGCAGAUUCACAAAAGUUUUACAUCAGGAUCAAUUAAACGAAACCAAAGGCUGGAUGUUGCUUGUCAUUCUGGUGUAUCAUGUAACUGGUGCUAAUAGAAUUUUAACCAUAAAUAUGCACAUGAAAGUAUUAAUCUCAAGCUACUUAUUUCUCUUAGGCUACGAACAGUUUUGUUAUGUGUGGCAUCGGAAUGAUGUUAGUAUUAGGAGUUAUUUCAGGAUGAUGUUCCAACUUAAUUUCAUGACAGUCACCUUAUGUUUAUGUAUGAAUCGACCAUAUCAGUUUUAUUAUUUUGUUCCAUUGCUGUCUUUUUGGUAUAUGAUGAUCUAUUGUUUCCUAGCGUUUCCACCAAAAAUCACAAUGGCAACAUCAGAAAAUAAUCCUAUACAAUAUUCAUACUUGCUGGUUAAAUUUAUCGGUAUAUUUAGCGUGAUUACCAUACUUUACUUGUCGGAAGUCUUCUUCGAGAAGGUGUUUGUGACUCGGCCUUGGAAAGCUCUAUUUGUUUCUACUGAUGAUGAUAUUCGGGAAUGGUGGCUAAUGUGGAAGUUAGAUCGGUACUCUGUUAUACAUGGUAUGGGCUUUGCAGUUUUAAUGUUACUUGCUCAAAAAUAUAAUCUGUUUGACGACAACAAUCAUAGUAAUUUAUUUUCAAGAGGCUUAACAUUGAGCGCUACUCUUCUAGCUAUUGUAGGGUUAGGAUGUUAUCUGACGAUGACUUUUUUGUGCCAGGACGAAAUGGAUUGCAGCGAGAUACAUUCCUAUGUUGUGUUCAUUCCGAUAAUUAGUUAUAUAAUUUUGAGAAACAUCUCUGGUUUUCUGCGAACCAGAUAUUCUAGUCUGUUUGCUUGGUUUGGAGAAAUCUCCUUAGAGCUAUUCGUUAGUCAAUAUCAUAUUCUUUUAGCUGCAGAUAACCAUGGCGUUUUGGUGCUACUGCCAGGUUAUCCAGUUAUGAACAUUAUUAUCACUUCUUUCAUUUUUGUGACUGCCUCGCAUGAGUUCCAUAGAUUGACCAAAGUAUUACUACCCUUUGCUGUUCCAUCUGACUGGAAACUGGUUAUUCGAAAUGCUAUUUUAUUCUUAGCUAUCCUUGUUCCUAUUGGUAUCAACGAUGGUAUGUUUUGAAAUUGUUAAAUAUUUUCACUGACAACUCUUUACUGAAAAAGAUUGAAAAAAAAAUAAGACCCAGGAGGAAUAUUAUGGAAGCGAGGGGCAGAUAUGCAGGAAAAAUAUAGUCAGUUCAAUCUGGCAAUAAGGUAUAAUUGCCAAUAUUUUUCAGAAGUAAUCAGUUCAUCAAAAUAACCUCGGACACUUAUUCACUCUUUUAACUGAGGAUGGAAGUCAUCAGAACUUAAUUUUUGAGCAAAAUAUGUCAAAACUGCAUCCAAAGUUGUUACUCUUGAAUGAGUUACUGACUCAAUUUUCAUCGUUUUAUAUACAGUUUACAAAAUUUUCUCCUAUCAAACCAAACACAAUUGUUCCUUAUUUUGUGAAAACUAUGUUAUACUAGAAUUUGUAAUAAAAUAUGCUCUUGUAUUUUCAAGACUGAAUCGAUUUAUAAUUCAUACUUGAAUUCAUUGUAAAUAACUGUGGAAAUAAUUCAAUUAUUAUUGAUGAAAGUAGAAAAAAGGAUCUCAUAAUAUUAUUUGUAAAUAUAUUAUCAUAAGAAAUAAAUUAAUUUCUGCUAAUGUCAUUCUCUUCAUUUCUACUGCUUUCACACAAGUAAAAUUACCUGUGCUAAAUUAUUUCUGUGUGAACGUAACUAAUGCCAUUUCAUGAUGUUUCAAUAGAAUACUCAAAAUAUAAUAAAUAUAACAUUUAAUUAGGCUUUCUCAGGCUAAUACAACUUUACAAAU